CACCAUACAUUCUCUCGGCUUGGUUAAAAUUAUACUGACAAAUCUAGGCAGCCCUGGAGCGUAUGCACAGCUCUUGUGGCGAAGUUCAACUUUUGUUACAAAUGAUAAUUAGUUAUGUUUUGUUUCCAAAACAAAAAAAGCCUUCCAGGUUCCGUGGUGAAUUAAUAUCCAUCAUAUAUGCCCAACAUAUUCGUCUUUACAAAGCCUAGGAUUAAUCAUGAAGUACUAAUAUUCAAUCGUGGAACUUUUCACAACUGACGAGUCUUCCGAUGGAGAAUAAGGCCAUGUACCUGAGCUCAUAUGAGGAGCAUGAGAAUGGAUCCUUCUACGAGGAGGGCUACGAAGGCAUGAACAGCAGGAACCUGUCCAAGCUUAAUCUGUGCGAAGAAGCCAGCUCUUCCAAGAGGAGACGAAAGCCUGAAAGCUGCUGCGCCCACCUGGACUCGCUGUCAGCCGUCAAGUACGCCAUCGUCUCCCUCUACAUCCUGGUGCUGCUCAGUAUAUUCGGCCUCUGCAUAGCAGUCUCCAGGUCACAGGCAUCAUCGGAGAAGCAGGAAGCGAUGAUGGAGAACGUGACCCGAUUGGGCGAGAGGUACAGAGAGCUGCAGCAGUCCGUGGGCCAGCUCUCCACCCAGACGGAUAUCCUGGAGAACAUCUGGAAGCUGGAGAACCUCUUUCAGAACCACUCUCAGAUGCUGCUCCAGUUGGGCCUGACGGUGAGCAGACUGGAGCAGGACGUGCGGAGCCUGCAGGCGCAGUCGGAACAGACUGAAGGCUCGGUGUCUCGGCUCACGGAGCAGGUCGGCGGGCCUGGCUCCUCCGGCGAUCGUAACGGCAGUAAUCUGAGCGAGGACCUGGCACGUGCUAUGACCUCCCUGGCGACACAGGGCACCCUGCUGAGGGAGACCUCCAGCCAGGUGGGCAGCCUCAGGGACAAGCUGGAGGACAUCGGCUGGACCGUUGGCUCCGUCAACGGGACGUUCUUCAGCGACAUCAGCCUCCACCACCUGAAGAUCCUGGACCUGCAGGUCCAGAUCAGCAACGUGACGCAGGACACCAGAACUAUGAGGGUGGCCCAGGGCCACAUGGAGGAGCAGCUGAGGAACGAGAUCGAGAUCCUGAACACCAUCACCGAAGACCUGAGGCUGAGGGACUGGGAGCAGUCUGUCACUCUGAGGAACCUCACUCUCGUAGAAGGGCCUCCAGGACCAAAGGGCGAAAAGGGGGACGUGGGGCCACUUGGGGCCCCAGGGCAUCCUGGUCUGCCUGGGUUAUGGGGGGGCCCCGGGGAGAAAGGCAGCCAAGGUCCGCCUGGUCUAGAUGGCUCCUCCGGAUACCCUGGACCUCCUGGGAACAGAGGUGAAAUGGGACCCAGAGGGCAAAAAGGUGAAAGAGGAGAAAGGGGUCAAAAGGGAGACAAAGGAGAUAGAGGUGUACUGGGUGAAAAGACAGUGGAAGACACGCUCCUGAGGCUGGUGAACGGAUCGGGCCCACACGAGGGGCGGGUGGAGGUGUUCCACGAGAAGCGCUGGGGCACUGUGUGUGAUGAUGUUUGGGACAGGAAGGACGGAGACGUGGUCUGCAGGAUGCUGGGCUACAAAGGGGCCAAGGAAGUUCACAAAACCGCUCGCUUUGGCCAAGGUGUUGGGCUGAUAUGGAUGGAUGACGUAGCCUGUGCAGGGAAUGAGGACACCAUUCAUCAGUGCAAGUUCUCCGGCUGGGGGAAGACCAACUGCGGGCACGUGGAGGACGCGGGGGUCACGUGCGCCAUUUAGCGUCACCGCCUGGACCUCUGUGAUCUCGCUUUAGCGCCUGUGGAGCUACGGCUAACAGACAGUGAGGUAGCGCAUAGCGGCUGCACUACCCACGUCCCAUGUGCAAGCGAUUUAAGGGUGUCUCACAAACAGAUUUUGACUUUGGGCUUCAAACAUCCCACUGGGUCAGCAAUCGCUCGUGUUUAGUAAGCCUUAGCGUUAGCUACAGCAGGUAUUAUUGGCGCCUACUGCCAUAAGGAACCAACCAAAAGACGUAAAUAAAUACACGCCCAAGUUAUGACAAUUUCAAAGAACAGAGCCAUCAAAUGGCUUACAUUACGAUACAUAUGAGCUCCAGGUUCAUUGAGAUCUAACAAAGCUUGACGAGCUGUGUUUCAUAUUCAGAGCCAAUGACCAAGCACUGUUUCUAUUAUCAUUACCAAGACUUGUAUACUCUCUUUGAACAGCUCAUUUUGAUUUUAAUAAAAGUAUUGCCAAACAUUGUGACUGCAGCACCAGAAAAAGGAAAAUUAAGACUUCAGUGAAGUUUAGCAUUUUAAAGGAAAUGCUGAAGGUUAAGUAACAAUAACAUUUAAAAGAUAUGAAGUAAAACAGACUUGAGCCAAAUAACACGAUUUUAAAUUUUAAAUAAAAAUGUUAAGAAAAAAAAUCUUGAUUUUGUUAAAUCUUUUUUCAGUUGUUUAGAUAAUGGCAGGAGAGGCUGAUGACAUUAUGGUUUUUUUGUACCAAAAAGAAAAAAACAAUACUGCAGAAAAUAUGGACCAAACUGAUUUUAUUUUGGUGCUUGUAGAGGUGUAUUUUUGAGUGUGUAAUGUCUGUAAACACAUAAUUCAGAGCUAGAUUGAAAAAAUAUGAAGCACUGAAUGGAAAUUACUAGAGCAAAUGUUGUGGCUCAGCUAUAGUCCACCCUGCCUUUUGAAUUGCACCAUCUCCAUUAUCUACUGACAGUGUUUGACCCUCUAACCCCCCUCUCCAUAUGACUUGACAGGAGCCUUGUCCAAUACACAGGGCCUGAAUAACAAUGAUAUUGCAUCCUGAAUCACACUCGCAUUCAGUGGAGUCCAUCGCCAGCAAAAUUAUAUGACGGCACACCAGUGUGUUCUCAUUAGCAAUGCCAACAGCCAAAGAUAACAAGUGUUCUUCUCUGCUUAUUUUCACUCAAAUUGUGUCUUGUGGGGGAAUAAAUCCUCUUUCUACAAGCUGGGAGGCAUCUUUUCUUACUUCAUUUUUUGUACUACAGGAUACUUUUCCUAGAAAACAUGUACUCUAGUGUUUUUAUAUGAUUGCAUUGCUGUAAUUAUCCUGGCCUAUUUUCUCACAUAUCCAGAUAAUUCAAUAUGGUGGGAGAGAUCAUUCUGUGCAGAUCUGCUAUUGCUUUAUAAAUUUGGCAUCUUGAAUCCAGUGGUUCAGUUGAGCCAGAUGCUGUUUUGCUGUACAUGAUUUGAUUGGGAAAAUAUGAUUCCUAUUCAAGUGCCUUAGCUUCAACAUUCUGAAUUUACCAUCACAAUUUCCUUCUAAGAAAUGGUUUAAACACCAUUGUACUGUCUAUGCAGACGAAUUAUAGUAUUACGUAAUAUCCUUGAUUAAUCUAACCUACAUUAGGAUAUCUCUGACCUCAUUUAAUGUUAAGAACUCAUCUUCAUCUGUGGUGGCACGAGCCAGCUGUUCCAGGAUAUUUUAUGUGAGAAUGUCAAGCUAUUCAUAUUAAAUGUUAACAUCAUUAACAAUGGCACUGUUACAAUGUCAUUGUGACAAUAUCCAGAGAGACUCCACAUUCAGUGAAUGGCAGCUCUGUUGUCAACACACUUCCUUGGAUAAAACAACAUUGUUUGGGUGUUUGUUUUGUUGUACUGCAACUUUGCUGAAAAUUUUGGAAUCUGUCCAAUAUUCCUUCUUCAGUAUUGACUGGCUUUAUAUACAACUGGUUGUUAAAUCUGGCUUGGACAGUACAUAAAUAAAUAUAUCUUAUUUAAAAUUGUAUUUUUAUUAUACUGUAUGCAUUGCAAAAAUGGCAUGAUCUGAAAGACAUCUACUUGUGAAUUAAUCAUUGUGAAU